ACGAGUACUGCAACACCGUAGCAAGAGGGAAAGACACAAACUGACAUUUAAGACUGACUCUGACUCCCAGGGGCACGCGACGUGUCAGGACACAGCCGACAACACCACCUCUAGACCAAAAGGUCCAGGAGUGACCAGGACCCAUUGCAUUAAUUUGGGCGCUGGGCAGUUGGUGAUGUUAUAACGAACUUGCUGUUCCACAUCAACGUUAACGCUACCUUCAUGCAGUUACAGAGCAGGUGUGAUUUGACAUGACCACAAGAGCCUCUUACAAGUAUGGGGAAGGGGAGGAGUAUCAUGGAGAGUGGAAUGUACAUGGAAAACGGCAUGGUCUUGGGCACCUAACGCUUGCGAAUGGUACCAAAUACACAGGCAGGUUUGAGAAUGGCUUCUGUAGUGGGCAUGGAGUCAUGAGCUUUGCUGAUGGGUCCAGAUAUGAAGGUGAGUUUGCAGGAGGCAGGUUCUCUGGAGUUGGGGUGUUCACCCGCUGUGAUGGGAUGAAAUUUGAGGGAGAGUUCCGCGAUGGAAAAGUCAAUGGCCUUGGGCUGCUGACGUUUGCAGAUGGGACCCACGGCCUUCCUCGCAACGAGGGUUACUUCCAGGGCAAUGAGCUCAAGGAGCGGCGACAGUGUAACGAGGUCAUCAGGAAGGCGCGCAAUUCCGCGACUGUUGCUAGAUCCCAGCAUCUUUAAAGUUCCAACAUCCAUUCCUGGGGGCCUGCAUGG